AUGUACACUACAACGGGGUUUGUGGUUUCCGUCAACCCCAGGACAAACAUCACCCAGAUUGUUGCUUGGUUCUCUAAGGACUACCGUUCAGUUGUUGAGUUCAACAACCUCGUCAACAACACGGUCUAUCCCAACACGGUUUUCUUUAUUGUUCUCGGCUGUUCCGUCGUCUUAUCUAACGCCCUCGUUAAGGCGUCGACUAUCAGAUUAAAGUUGAUGACGCCACAAAAUAAAUCACGACAGACCAAUACCUCAGAUCAUCACAAUAACGAUGAAUUCACAACUUUGUCUGGAGUGUUAAACAAGAAAGACAUUCACGUUAUCAAACAAGUUGUGGCUAUCUCCAUUAGCCUGAUGGCUACCGUACUUGUCAAGUCUGUAACUGGCCUGACCGAGGUCUUGGUCCCAGGGUUUAGCGACAGGGGAAAAUACUUGCGUCUGUACCUCAUCGUCGCCACACUCUGCUACACCUGCACUCACGUUCACGCAGGUCUACAGCUGGUCAUGUACUACAAGUUUAACUCACAGUACAGGAGGAUUUGUAGGGACAUUUUAUACUGCAGGUAG